AUGACCAAACACGAUCGCUCCUACUCCAGCGCCGAGGUGUCCAGAGAGACCACCGAAAACCUCUACGAGUUGGGACUUCUGAAUCGUCCUCGAUCAAGGUCUCGGACCAGCACAAACGAUUCGAAACCGGCCCACUACCAGGUCUCGCGAGCCCGUCACGACGGGUUCCCUCCUCGCGCGGCCUCUUCCUUGAGCGGCGCCUCCCAUAAUCCGACCUUCAAACAAUCUAGUAUAUCCUCUGGCACGUUGGGUAGGCCGCAUACGCCGAACGACCACCGUCCGCGCACGAGGGAUCGUCGGCCUCCUUCUUCCCCCACGGCAAGCGUCCCAGGAGCUGGGCAUCCCAUGGCCGGCAUGCUCGACUCGGACCGCUCACGAUCACGACGAGAAAGGACAUUUGUUGGAGGGGAAUGCGCUGCGUGUGAAGAGCUUCUGGAGCACACACUGAGGGGGGAGAGGGUUCUACAAUUUUCCUGUGGGCAUGUCGCUCACGAGGCUUGCUUCUACGAAUACAUUCGCGACUCGGAUUCUCAAUAUUGCCCAACAUGCGACGCUCCGUUGAGCCUGGAUUCCUUCCGAGGGGGCAGCAUUCUGGACCUGACCAAGUUGAGUAAUAUGGUUCGAGCGGUUGCUUCCAAGGACGUCACUUCGCCAAGGAGCUCACAGAACACGCCAAUGCCUUGGGAGGCCAGCAGACCAGCUGCCCAGGAUGAUGCCUACAGUGCACAAGGAAUGAGUGAAAGGCUCAGCAGCCGCGAAAACCCCAACCGAGACAGUCGAGACAGCCAAAGAAUGCGCAUCGAACGCCUCGGUAUCGGCCAUGGUUUUCACGGAUCACAGACCCAUUCACGCAAUGACAGCGGCAAUGCCUCCUCGACUGACUACGCCAAUGACCAUGCCGGUCACCCACGAAAGCACGAUUAUGAUCUCCACGCCAUGGAAACCAGUGUCCCUGGAACUCAGACCAAAGAUAUGAAGCAGCCCAUCCCAGUCCCCAUUGUCACAGUUCGCAGUGAGUAUCCGACCUUGACUCGGUCACGGCAGCAGCAGACUGUUACCUGUCUCGUUACCAUUGAAGUUCCAGAGGGUAAAUACAACGGCCAAUUAGAGGAUAUGCAGAACACGCCCCCGGUCCCGCCCCUUCCCAGCGACUCUGGCGUCGGUAUUCCAGCGAUGCACAGGCACCAGCAACUUCCCCAGCAACCUCUCAUGUACGAAUCCUCAGAGAUCCUCGAAGAAAUCACUGAAGAGCUUAGGAUGCGUGUGGAUAACUGGCACGGGCUGGAGUUUCAGAGAUUUGGAAAGUUACGACUGCACAACGUCAUCAGAGUCGGCAAAGACCGCCACUCAUGGCAGGAGCUUGAGUGCUACCUGUUUGGAGAAAUGCUCAUUUGUGUGAAGGAAAAGAAGAACGCCCAACCUCCAUUGAUGACGGAAUCUGGCCGCAAACUGACGAGGUGUACCUUGAAAGGCUCCAUUCUCAUCAAGAAACAUCUGCGACAGGUACAUGCGUCUCCAGACGAGUGCAUCUUGACGUUGAAUCUGUCAGUGGCAGAGCUGCCAACCUUCCAUCUCCUGUUCCAGGACCGAGACAAGCUGGAAAUCUGGCAACGAGCCUUGAAAGACCUUCAUGCCACCGAACCCUCUCCCCGUUUCAACCAAGACUACGAACAAGAUACCUCGGGCACGGAUGAGGAAGAGUACGGCCGGCAGAACCGAAAUGUCCGACGCGUACCUUCUGUUGCGUCGUCCUACGGUGGGCCAAGGUCGGCCACGACUGCAGCUACGGAAUAUUCUAUGCCAAAGAACGGCUUUGAUAAGCGGAUCCCUGCCUCACUCCAUGUGCCGAUCGAUAUUGUUGUCGUCAUUCCUAUAUCGUCAUCGAUGCAAGGUCUAAAGAUUACCCUGUUGAGGGAUACACUACGCUUCCUUGUGCACAACUUGGGCGACCGCGACCGGAUGGGCCUCGUCACCUUUGGUUCGAGUGGUGGAGGAGUUCCGGUUGUUGGGAUGACGACAAAGACGUGGGGUGGAUGGAACAAAGUCCUCAAUUCGAUCCGCCCCGUUGGACAAAAGAGCCUACGAGCGGACGUGGUUGACGGCGCCAAUGUUGCAAUGGAUUUGUUGAUGCAGCGCAAAGCCGCAAAUCCUAUCUCGACCAUCCUCCUGAUCAGCGACUCCUCCACUUCUGAAAUGGAAGGCGUGGAUUUUGUUGUCCAGAGAGCCGAAGCUGCAAAGGUCGGUAUUUACUCCUUUGGCCUUGGACUCACCCAUAAGCCUGAAAGCAUGCUUGAGCUGUCGAGCAGGACCAAGGCAUCGUAUCUCUACGUGAAGGAUUGGAUGAUGCUUCGCGAAUGUGCUGGAGGCGUUUUGGGUGCGCUUCAAUCGAUAUCUCACCAGAAUGUCAAGCUUAAGCUCAAGCUGCCCGAAGGAUCCCCAGCGAAAUUUGUAAAGAUCAACGGAGCUCUGCAGACGACCAAGAGAGCCACCGGUCGGGAUGCUGAAGCAAGUUUGGGUGAUCUCCAUUUCGGCGACAAACGCGAUGUGCUGGUGCAGUUAGUGAUCGACCCGGACACCACGACCUCGGAGCCUGCACCCCAGGAUGCUUGGGAAUCGAUAGUGUCUGGUCUCGAAGCUCUGGGUGGCUCACUCGAUACCGACGACCAGAGGGUUCAAAGCGUGGAGGAACUACCACUGCUACAGGCCGAUCUUUGCUUCGGCGAUCUGCACCGAGAAGGCUCCAUGGUCCAGUUGCCUCGGCCGUCACUGCUCACCAUCACCAUGUUACCCUCAAACCGCCGUUCGCGUCAAAACGGACGACCACCAACACCCCCCAUUCCUCCCCAUCCCUCCAUCGUCCAAAGGCGCAUGGAGUUACUAACGUCCGACAUGCUGAGCCGUGCCCUGACCCUUGUCCAGCGCGGUCAGCACGAGCGCGCGCAUCAUCUCCUUAAUGAAACAAGGACCAUCCUCAAAGGAUUGGCGAAAGGUGGUCUCCCACCACUACCCCCGGGCGCUGCCCAUCCGGUCAAUAAACGACACACCCCACCGUCCAAGGGAGGGAGUCCCAGAGCUGCUACGCCGGACCACGCACGCGACCACAGCCCCCAUUCAGACGCCAGUACACCUAUUCCACGCUCGACCAACGUUGAUCACACCAUCAUGAAUGCUCUCGACGCCGACAUCGAAGCCAGCCUUGAGUGGAUCAACCAUCCCGCCGUCUUCUCACGCGACUCUCGCAAAGCAGUCCUCCAGGCUAUAGGAGUGAUUUCCUCCCAACGAGCCUAUACCUUUAGGACCGCUUCCGAAUCCUUAUGGGCGGAACGAGUGGCGGGAGUCAAGAGGCUCACGGAGCAGUCGAGGGAGUGGAGGGAGGCAGGCGACGACGCUCUGACUGAAGAGUAA